CUCAGCCCCGCCCCCAGCAGGGACAAUGUUCCAUCAGUGAGAAGGUGGUGGGCAGCAGCACUGUACGGGACACUGCAGGGCACAGAGGGGCACUAAGAGGGGCACAGCAGUGAAAGACAAGGGCUGCCCCCUCCCCCCCCUGAAACACCAAGAUGCUGCGCUGUGUGGUGCUGAGGGCAAACAACGUACCUAAUGUGGAGAAAGGAAACAAACAGAGUGACCCAGUUACAAGCUUGAGUUUCAGAGGGGUUAAGAAGAAAACAAAAGUCAUAAAGAAUAACUUGAAUCCCAUUUGGAACGAGGGCUUUGAGUGGGAUUUAAAGGGUGUUCCAUUGGAUAGCAAUGCUGAGCUUCUGGCAGCGGUUAAAGACCAUGAAAAGAUGGGAAGAAACAGGUUCCUGGGCGCUACCAGAGUCGCACUGCGGGAUUUGUUUACAGCUCCUAACUUCACAGCCACAUUCAAUGCUCCUCUAUUGGAUGCCAAGAAACAGAGCACCGGGGCAACUUUAACCUUGCAAAUAUCCUACUUCCCUCCACCUGGAGCAGUCCCUCUUUAUCCACCCCCUCUUUAUCCACCGAUGGCGCCCAAGGAGCCCACGCCAUCCCUGGCAUCAGUUUCAACAAUGAAUGAGCUGGAUACUGUUACUGAUACGGCAGGUGAGGAAGAUACUGAGGAUCAGAUGGAAACUGGGGAUGAGGGCGAUAGUGUAUCGCUUCUUCCUGGCUCCGAGCCUCAGUCUCAGCAAAAAAAAUCCCAGCCUGCCCCUGUUCAAGGGAUUAAAAAAAAGAAGAAGAGUACUCAAAAGAAGACUCUUUCAAACAAGCCUCAGGACUUCCAAAUCAGAGUACGAGUGAUAGAAGGAAGACAGAUUCCAGGAGCAAACAUCAAACCAGUUGUCAAGGUGACGGUUUCAGGGCAGACCAAAAGAACCCGGAUACGCAAAGGAAACAACCCAUUCUUUGAUGAGACAUUUUUCUUCAAUUUCUUUGAAUCUCCAGCAGACCUUUUUGACGAGCCCGUGUUUAUAACAGUUUUUGAUUCUCGCUCUCUUCGAGCUGAUUCUGUGAUUGGAGAGUUUCGGAUGGAUGUUGGGAUGAUUUACGGAGAAUCAAAACACGCAUUUCUCAGAAAGUGGCUGCUUCUGUCAGAUCCAGAGGAUUAUACAGCUGGGGCUAAAGGUUAUUUAAAGGUUACAAUGAUCGUAAUGGGCCCAGGAGACGAAUGCCCGGUAGAAAAGAAAGAUUCCUCAGAUGACAAGGAGGAUAUAGAGGGGAACUUACUAAGACCGGCUGGAGUAACUUUGAGAGGAGCUCACCUUACUUUGAAGAUCUUCAGAGCUGAGGAUCUGCCACAGAUGGAUGAUGCUGUACUGGACAAUGUAAAACAGAUCUUUGGCUUAGAGAGCAACAAGAAAAACUUGGUGGAUCCCUUUGUGGAAGUCAAUUUUGCCGGAAGAAUGCUUUGCAGUAGGAUUAUAGAGAAAAACGCGAACCCCCAAUGGAAUCAAAGCAUCAGAUUACCUGUCAGGUUUCCUUCUAUGUGUGAGAGGAUGAGAAUCAGACUUACAGACUGGGAUCGUCUAACCCACAAUGAUAUAAUUGGCACCACCUACCUCAGCAUGUCUAAGAUCUCAGCUCCUGGAGGGGAAGUUGAAGAGGAGUCUCCAGAAAAGCUGUUACCAGUAUCUGACAGUGAUGACAGCUCAGGAUUUCUACCAACGUUUGGUCCAUGUUAUGUCAAUUUAUAUGGAAGCCCUCGAGAAUUCACUGGGUUUCCCGAUCCUUAUGAAGAGCUAAACUUGGGGAAGGGGGAAGGCGUAGCCUAUCGGGGACGGAUUCUCAUGGAACUCGAAACCAAGCUGGUGGAGCAGACUGAGCAGAAAGUAGAAGACAUUCCUUCAGAUGAUAUCUUACGAGUAGAGAAAUUUAUGCGCAGACGUAAAUAUUGUUUAUUCGCUGCUUUCUACUCGGCCACCAUGCUUCAGGAUGUAGAUGAUGCCAUCCAGUUUGAGGUCAGCAUCGGCAACUAUGGCAACAAGUUUGACACAACCUGUUUACCUUUGGCAUCUACCACGCAGUACAGCCGAGCUGUGUUUGACGGCUGUCAGUAUUACUACCUCCCAUGGGGCAACGUGAAACCAGUAGUUGUUCUGUCUUCUUUUUGGGAAGACAUCAGCCACAGAACUGAUGUACAGAAUAUUCUUUAUAACAUCUUAGACAACCUGGAAGCUAACUUGGAAUGGGUCCACCUUGCUAUUAAAGCAAAGAGCUCUCCCUAUGACCUCGAUUUAUUGGUCGCACGCUUGAUUGAUGAUGUCAUCACUAGUUGCAGCCAGUCGUUGCCAGAUGUCCUGUCUAUGCCCGGGACCACCCAACUUGAUCACUACCUCUACAAAUUCCGCAAGACGAACCUGAGCCAGAUUGUGCAGUCUGCCAUGAAACUAAAACAUGAUGAAUGUGAGCUACAGAGCGUACUGGAGCAGGCGGAGGAUUGGGUGCAGCGGCUUAAAGCUAUGACUGAGGAGCCGCAGAACAGCCUGCCAGAUAUUGUGAUUUGGAUGUUGCAAGGAGACAAACGUGUGGCUUACUACAGAAUGCCAGCCCACCAAAUCCUUUUCUCCAGGAAUGGGUCCAAAUGUUGCGGAAAGAAUUGCGGGAAACUUCAGACAAUAUUUCUUAAAUACCCACAAGAAGGGAACACGUGCUCCAAGAUGCCAGCGCAGAUCCGGGUCCAGCUUUGGUUUGGGCUGUCUGUGGAUCAGAAGGAAUUUAAUAAGUAUGCUAACGGGAAACUCUCCGUCUUUGCUGAAACUUAUGAAAACCAAACUAAACUAGCUUUGGUAGGAAAUUGGGGAACAACUGGGCUUACAUAUCCCAAGUAUACUGACGUGACUGGGAAAAUCAAACUCCCAAAAGACAGUUUCAAACCUUCCUCUGGUUGGGACUGGGCCGGCGACUGGAUCAUUAGCCCAGAGAAAACGUUGCUAUACGAUACCGAUGCAGGUCACAUGAGCUUUGUGGAAGAGGUUUUUGAGAACCAGGCGAGAUUGCCAGGGGGGCAGUGGAUGACUAUGCCGGAUGCGUACUCAGAUGUGAAUGGGGAAAAAACAUUGCCUAAAGAUGAGAUUGAAUGCCCCCCAGGCUGGAAAUGGGAGGACGAGGAGUGGUCCACUGAUACCAACAGAGCUGUCGAUGAACAGGGCUGGGAGUAUGGUAUAACCAUUCCGCCUGAUCGCAAGCCCAAAUCCUGGGUCCCCGCUGAGAAGAUGUACCACACCAAUCGAAGAAGGAGAUGGGUCCGGCUAAGAAGACGAGACCCUAAGCAAAUAGAGCUUAUGAAAAAGCACAAACCUGAGGACGGAGAGAGCGAGGGAUGGGAAUAUGCAUCACUGUUCGGAUGGAAGUUUCACCUGCAGUAUCGCAAGACAGACAGUUUCCGGAGGCGCCGUUGGAGGCGUCGCAUGGAGCCGUUGGAACAGACUGGUGCUGCAGCGGUUUUUGCUUUAGAAGGAACUCUGGGGGGAAUUACGGAUGAUAAAAGUGAUGACAGUAAAGCAAGCUCAACAAUGAGUUUUGGAGUGAACAGACCUACAAUAUCCUGUAUAUUUGAAUAUGGCAACCGAUACCAUCUGCGUUGUUACAUUUACCAAGCGCGUAACCUGACUGCCAUGGAUAAAGACAGCUUCUCGGAUCCCUAUGCUAUUGUAUCCUUCCUUCAUCAAAGUCAGAAGACUGUGGUAAUGAAGAGCACACUGAACCCAACUUGGGAUCAGACCCUCAUUUUUUAUGAAAUUGAAAUUUUUGGAGAUCCUCAGGACAUUGCAGAAGUGCCUCCAAAUAUAGUGGUGGAAAUCUUUGACCAUGACACUUAUGGUGCUGAUGAAUACAUGGGACGGUGCAUUUGUAAGCCAAGUCUGGAACGCUCACCUAGAUUAUCUUGGUAUCCAGUAACCAUCGGAAACAAAAAUGCUGGGGAAUUACUAGCUGCUUUUGAGCUUAUACAAAGAGAAAAGCCAUCUGUGCACCAUAUACCUGGACAAGAGGAUGAAGUUACAGGAAUUCUCAGUGAGCUGCUAAUAGCAGGCUUCCUCAUCGAGGGCUUCCUCGGCUCGGAAGCCGACAGUGACUUGCCCUACCCUCCUCCACAGAAGGAACCCAACGUUUACAUGGUUCCUCAGGGGAUUAAACCAGUUCUUCAGCGCACAGCAAUAGAGAUCUUGGCUUGGGGUCUUAGAAAUCUAAAAAGCUACCAGCUAGCCAGUGUGACGUCCCCCAACUUAAUUGUGGAGUGCGGGGAUGAAAUGAUCCAGUCGUGUAUUAUCAAAAAUGUCAAGAAGAACCCUAACUUUGAUGUGUGCGUUCUCUUUCUGGAAGUGAGAUUACCCAGAGAGGAUUUGUAUUGUCCUCCUAUCAUUGUGAAGGUGAUUGACAACCGCCAGUUUGGCAGGAAACCUAUUGUUGGCCAGUGUACAAUCCAGUCCCUAGAGGAGUUUCAUUGUGAUCCUUACGCAGAGGACUUAGACCUUGAUGAAAUACUGACAGAUGAAGUGAGUAUUACACCGAGAGAUGAUGUACUCAUCGAUAUAGAUGACAAGGAACCCCUUAUACCAACCCAGCUUGCAGACGGUUUGACCAGAUCAGCCAUAAUUAAUUUGUCAUCUUCUCGAUCCAGCCUCCAUGAGGAAGAAUUCACUGACUGGUGGAGCAAGUUCUACGCUUCCACUGGAGAAAAGGAGAAAUGUGGAAAUUACCUGGAGAAAGGAUUUGAUACUUUACAGGUACUUGACACUGAACUGGAAAACAUAGACGAUUAUGAAGGUGUGUCAGACUUUUGCCGAACAUUCAAACUGUACAGAGGAAAGAUCCAAGAUGAAACAGAAGAUCCCUCUGUUGUUGGGGAGUUUAAGGGAUCCUUUAAGAUCUACACGCUGCCUGAUGACCCGUCAGUUCCUGUACCACCUCGCCAAUUCCGACAGCUCCCGGCGCAGGGCCUGCAGGAGUGUCUGGUGCGCAUUUAUAUUGUUCGUGCUUUUGGUCUGCAGCCAAAGGAUCCCAAUGGUAUGUGUGAUCCCUAUGUAAAAGUAUCUAUUGGAAAAAAGUCAAUCAAUGAUCAAGAAAACUACAUUCCAUGCACUUUGGAGCCAGUGUUUGGAAAAAUGUUUGAGAUGAACUGCACCCUGCCAUUGGAAAAAGAUCUGAAGAUCACUUUGUACGAUUAUGAUUUAAUGUCCAAAGAUGAUACCAUCGGAGAGACUGUUAUUGACUUAGAAAACCGAUUUCUUUCAAAAUAUGGCGCAAGAUGCGGUUUGCCACAAACAUACUGCACGUCAGGACCUAAUCAAUGGAGAGAUCAGCUGAGGCCGUCACAGCUUCUACAGAUCUUUGCUCAGCAGCGUAACUGCAAACCCCCUGUCUACAAAAACAAUACCAUCAUUUAUAAGAAUCAUGAGUAUAGCCUUUCUGACCUUGAGGAAAGUAAAUUCCCUAAUCCGCAUCUGGGGUCACCGGAUGAACGUCUGGCGCUGCACGUGCUUAGAAAGCAAGGUCUUGUUCACGAACAUGUUGAAACCAGGUCCUUGUACAGUGCUCUGCAGCCUGACAUAGAACAGGGAAAGUUGCAGAUGUGGGUUGAUUUGUUUCCUAAGUCCCUUGGUCUCCCCGGGCCACCUUUCAAUAUAACUCCACGUAAAGCGAAAAGGUAUUACUUGCGUUGCAUUAUCUGGAAUACCAAAGACGUUAUCCUGGAUGAAGUCAGCAUCACGGGAGAGAAAAUGAGUGACAUUUACGUAAGGAGCUGGAUGGUUGGCUAUGAGGACAAUAAACUGAAGACAGAUGUGCACUACAGGUCUAUGGGAGGUGAAGGGAACUUUAACUGGAGGUUCGUGUUCCCCUUUGAUUAUCUUCCUGCAGAGCAAGUCUGUUCAGUGUCUAAAAAGGAGCAUUUUUGGAGCUUGGACAAGAUGGAAAAUAAAAUCCCACCAAACCUCAUGAUACAAAUUUGGGACAACGAUAAGUUCUCCUUUGAUGACUACUUAGGUUCCGUGCAGCUGGAUCUCAAUAGGAUGCCCAAACCAGUAAAGACAGCAGAGAAAUGCAAACUGGACAUGUUGGAUGAGUCUAAAAUUGAAAAAAGCGCUGUGUCCUUGUUUGAGCAGAAGACGGUCAAAGGCUGGUGGCCUUGUGUGGGGUAUGAUGGAGAUGAGAAGAUUCUUGCUGGCAAAGUAGAAAUGACUUUAGAAAUUAUAAAUGAUCAGGAAAAUGAAGAAAGACCAGCUGGCCUUGGUCGCGAUGAGCCAAACAUGAACCCAAAAUUGGAAGAUCCAAAGCGUCCAGAAACAUCAUUCUUGUGGUUUACGUCCCCGCUGAAGACCUUGAAGUACAUUCUGUGGAGAAGAUUCAAGUGGCUGAUCCUCACCUGCCUCAUUGUCUUCAUCUUGCUGCUCUUCUUUGGGAUCUUUUUGUAUUCUUUCCCGAACUACGCUGCUAUGAAGCUGAUGAAACCCUUCAGUUAAUCAGAGAUAUCCGCAUAUGGAUGGUGAGACGGCUGAGACCUGCAAGCACUCACUGAAACGAUAUAAAUGUAAUAUCAAGUGGAAAAAUAUGAAAAGACAAAUGAUACUAUUGUACAGUUAUGCAAAACAAUCAUCUAAAUAAUACGUAGCCUUUUUUACACUGUACGGUUGCACUUCAACGCUAAAGCAGCAGUCCUGAAAUAAAGGCCGCAGCAGUCCUGAAAUAAAGGCCGUCAUCAUUGGACAUACAUAAAAAAGUCGUAACAUUUAUUAAGUUAUGUUACCUGACUCUUGUUCGAUAACUUCAGAUAAAUUGCAUGAGAUUAUUUUUUUGCUAAAAUACCACAGAAAUCACUACAAAGAGUCUGGAUGUGUUGCUAUACGUCUGUAUCAGAUUUUUGGUCUGGUUUUGAGGGGAAAAUUAGGGCUUUUAAUUAAGAAGAUAAUUACAUUGGGUAAAAUGAACAGUACAGAUUUUUUUCACAAUAAAACUGCUAAUGUCCUAACAGACAAUGAAUUCUGAGGAUUCUGGAUUUAUACGUCAGUAGUUAUAGACAGAAUAGCACUCGUUACACCCACAAUGAUUCUUUAUCAAGAAUGUUACAUCUACAGGAGAGCUGCAGGUAGUGAGAGAAUCCUUAUAUUACUAAUAUAUACAACUAUUUUGGCCACAAGAAAUGUGGAUAGAUACCUAAUUUUAGAUGCUUUAAUGUGAACCAUAAGUGCACAUGCAAUUUGUGUAGGAAAUACCCCUUGAGGGAGGGAAUUGAAAACCGUUAUUAUUUAUUUCAAUACCUGUAGAUUUGUAUGAAGGAAUAAUUUGGGAUUAAAAGCAUAAAGAAUCCAGUUUGAAAGCUGAUGACUAUCUUGUUCCCUAUCUAGACCUAGUUUCCAUUGAGGUGGUAAAUUGCGGAAACUGAUGAUAAAAACAUUUUUCUCCAUUAAAGUCUAUGGACAUUUUUUUAUGUUACCACCAAUUUCCAAACUUUACCACCUCAUUGGAAACUAGGCCCUAGUCUGCUCUGUCCUCCCUCUAUUCACAGCAAAUUCAGGUUUAAUUAAUCCUCAUGAUUAACCUUAAUCUACACAUACAAACACAUGUUAAUGUAAGGAGAGAACCAAAAGACGGGAAUAAUCUGCCCAUUUUACUGUUUAAAUUGUACAUUUUAUUAAUCCUCAGGAAAGUUUUAUUCAUAUCUCAGGAAAGUUUUAUUAUGAUACUCUAUUCUUCAUAUUAACCACUAUUCAGGUCAAGUCACAACUUCUGCCUUUGCUUUGGAAUUUUGUUUGAAAAUCAUUUUUUUUUUUAAUGUGAUUGUUCUACUUUCAUUAAAGGGAUACUAAACUCAAAAUUUGCCUUUCAUGAUUCAGAUAGAACAUGAAAUUUUAAGCAACUUUCUAAUUUAAUCCUUUUAACAAUUUUUCUUCAUUCUCUUGGUAUCAUUUGUUGAAGGAGCAUCAAUGCACUACUGGUUUCUAACUGAACACAUGAGUGAGCCAAUGACAAUAGGUAUAAAUAUGCAGCCACCAAUCAGCAGCUAGAACCUAGGUUCUUUGCUGCUGCUGAGCUUUCCUAGAUAAAACUUUCAGAAAAGGAUAACAAGAGAAGAAAGCAAAUGAAAUAAUAGAAGUAAAUUGGAAAGUUGUUUAAAUUUGUAUUCUCUAUCAGAAUCAUGAAAUAAAAAUGUUGGGUUUCAUGUCCCUUUAAGAUGAUUAUUUGUAAUCUACUGAUGGGGAGGAGGCUGUGUUUAGCGACUGCACAACAUGGCUGGGCUUUCUCACACCAAGCUGUAUAACUAGUUGCCUUAUACUCUGUGCUUCAAGCUUACAGGCAUGACUAAGGGCUGAGAACUUAUGUCUCCCAUUGAGUGUUACCAGCUUCAUAUAUCUGUAGGUUUGCUCUACAGAGGCAGUUAUCUUCUAGAGAUGCAAAUAGCUUUACAGAUUUGCCUAUAAUGCAGCAAACCAGCAGUUUACUUAAAGGGACAUGAAACCAUUUUUUUUUCUUUUAUGAUUCAGAUAGGGCAUGCAAUUUUAAACAACUCUACAUAAUCUCUGUUAUCUAAUUUGCUUUGUUCUUUUGGAAUCCUUUGUUUAAAAUCAUAUCUAGGUAGGCUGAAGCUGGAAGCUAGCUCAUAAUUGGUAGCUGCACAUAUAUGCCUCUUGUGAUUUGCUUAACAAUGUGUUUAGCUAGCUCCCAGUAGUGCAUUGAUGCUCCUUCAAAAAAGGAUAUCAAGAGAAUGAAGCAAGUUUUUGAGCCCUUGCGGAUCCAGUUUGCAUAUGUGAGCCUGUUUCCCGCACUGUCACCAGACCUAUAGGCUAUACACUAUAUGUCACACACUAUAUGCCACCUAUAAAGUGACUUAUUAAAAUCAUCCCGAACACGCUCGCUUGGGGUGAGUGACAGGUUCUUUUCUCACGCGAGAGAAUGAGGUGGCAUUACAUGCUCAAGCGAGUGUAUAAUGAUACAUCCAGGCAGUUCACAAACAGGAUCCACUGCCCAUUGAUAGAAAGCUGUGCAGACAGGUUGAGAAUCUUGUCCCCAUGGCCCUUAGUAGAUGGGGCCCUAUAUGUUCUAUUUGAAUCAUGAAAGAAGAAAUGUGGGUUUCAUGUCCCUUUAACCACAACUUAGAAGUAAUGUCGCCAGUUGUCCUUUUAGCCAUAUACAAAUAAUGGACGUUAGAUCAGACACCAUUGCUGUUACCCCUACCUUAUACUUUUACUGGACCUCAAAUAAAACACUCUAAAGUGAGACUCAAGACUGCAACUACUGUCUUCCAGGCUGCUGUAAAAAUGCAUAAAAAGUUUUAGCAAAACUCUCAAGUCAAAACCCUCUGGGCUACAACUUCUAAUAUCCCUUGUAAAACAAUUACUGUUACAAAAAAAUAUGACUAUGAAUGUUUUCUAUCAGUAUUUAAACCUGCUAUUGCUGCUUCAUUCAAUACAAUGCACUCAUGUUUUCUAUACAUUGUUUCUUUGCUCAUUCUAGUACAUUGCAGAAAACCAAAGAUAUAACAAAUGUGACACAGUAUUAAACCAUUUGUUUGUAAUUAUGUUCUUGUUUUUCUUUAUUACAAAUAUAUUUUGAAUUCUGGAAGCCAAGCUCUGAAGGUAUUUGUAGCAGAAAUUACUGUAAUUAUGUUAUAAAGUGGCACUUUGUGGGCUUCAGUGCUCUUGGAAAUGCAAUAAAAAUAUGGACCUUUUAAAAA